UCAGAGACCCAGCUCAGAGGAUGCUGGGCGGAGCCAGGCUAGCUGCUGCAUAGGCAAGCUGGGAGGCUGGUAGCUAAGGGUCGCUCCACACUCCUACUGAGAAGGAAAGAAACUGACAUGGAGCAGGAGAAGGUUCUGGCUGGCCUCAUUCUGGUGAUCUUUCUUCUUCAAGGUACUGGGGCCCAGUCAAAACAAGGUAAGAGAAAUAAUUUGGUAAGAGUGGAUGACAGUCAAGGAGACGGCUCUGUACUUCUGACUUGUGGCUUCACAGAAAAGACUAUCACGUGGCUUAAAGACGGCAGCGUAAUAAGUCUUCCAAAUGCAACUAAAAACACGUGGAAUCUAGGAAGUAGUGCCAAAGACCCUCGAGGCAUUUAUCAGUGCCGAGGAGCGAAGGGCAACUCAAAGCUGCUCCAAGUGUAUUAUAGAAUGUGUGAGAACUGCAUUAAGGUAAAUGUAGGCACCAUAUCCGGCUUUAUCUUCGCUGAAAUCAUCAGCAUUUUCUUCCUUGCUGUCGGUAUAUACUUCAUUGCUGGGCAGGAUGGAGUUCGCCAGUCAAGAGCUUCAGACAAGCAGACCCUGUUGCAAAAUGAACAGCUCUACCAGCCCCUCAAGGAUCGGGAAGAUGACCAGUACAGCCAUCUCCAAGGAAACCAGCUGAGGAAGAAGUGAGCACAACAAGACUAAAGUGUUCUCCCUUCUAUCCAGUACCCAGAGUCAAAGCAAUGCAUUUUGGAGAGAGUCCGGGACAGAGAUUUUUUUUUUCCCCCGGCCCUAUAGUUAGACUUUACUUCUACAAAGGUGGCAAAGAGAAAGAACUGUCAGAGAAAUUUUGGUCAUUUUCCAAAAUAAAGUAAAAGUCCAAGCUUU